AUGGCAGGGAAGGCAUACUGGUAUUCAGGGGAUGAUCCAGGAAUGCAUUUCUUGUGCACCCCUUGCAAGAGCAGAACUUGUAUAGAGCCACGAAUCUAUAAAAGCCGCAUCAAGAUGCAGUUCACCUCCUUCAAGGCUCUGGCUAUCUUUGCAGCUUCCUUCUUUGCAUUCAGCGCUGCUGCUCACCCCAGCUGUGAGACAGGGGCUGUUUGGGCCGACCCGCACGACUGCCACAGCUUCUUCGAAUGCGCUGCUGGCGGCAUUCCCGUCCGCAAGACUUGCGGCCCCGGAACGGCAUACAACUCUAGGUUUGGGAUCUGUGAUUAUGAGGAGAAGGUUCGGUCCUGCCACGGCCAUGGUCCUGUGGGCCAUGACGAGUCGUCGGAGGGCCAUGGGCAUCAAUGGAAGGACCAUGGCAAUGGCCAGUCAGAGGGUCAUGGUCAGGAAGGAAAGAAGGACAGCAAGGGCCAGUCGUCAGAGGGCCACGGUCAGGGAACGCAGGAACACGGCAGUGGCGAGCAGGAGCACAGUGAAGGAAGUCAUUAG